AUGUAUGCGCGUGAUAUGCCGAGUAGGCUUCCGCUGGUUCAGAUUGUGUUGAAGGGUGGACAGCAUGCUGUCCUUGGGUUGUUCUGGGUUGUACGCACGAUUGUGGUUACGUGUAUGUGGUUUGGAGUUUGGCCGUUUGCUGUGGGACUUACAUGGCUCAUGCUUUUCAAACGGGAGUACUCAUGGGCAUCCGGUAUCCCAUUCCUUGCGUCGGAUCUCGACACUCUGCCAUCUAACAAUAACACCACCGCCGCAGUAGAGAGCGCGGCCAAGCAAGAUACUAUCUACGUCUCCGUCAAUUGGCUCGGUAUUGUCCUACAAGGCUACGUCAUCAUCAUCUCCCUCGUCGUAUCCUGCCUCGCCGUCUUCCUCCUCCGCGAAUGGAUCGCACAAUAUCAGCAUAUUGCCGCUGCCCGCGAGGGCGCCGAGGCGGCCGAGAACAAUGCUGCUGCUGCUGCUGCUGCGCCGGCACAAGCACAACCUGGAGCGGUAGUUCGACAACUUGCGGAGGUUGAUCUAGCAGCCGGAGCGGGAGGACAGCGGGCUAUGUUGCCGGAGGAAUUGCGUGCGGCCUUGAGGGAGCAAAUUGCGAUUUUGCAGGCACAACGGGAUGCGGCAUUGGUUGAGCAGGGCAACGGAAAUGGCAACGGCAACAUAUUCGAAGUGCCUGCUGCACAGCAAGGCGAAGAUGGAGACAAUGAAAAUGAAGAUGAUGAGUGGGUCGACGAGGACGAGGACGAGGACGAGGAUGAGGAUGAGGAGGAUGGGGGUGAUGCUCAGAUGCUCAUCCGUGAAAUGACUGCAAGGGAAGCGAGAGCAGCUGCUAGGGAAGCGCGAAGAGUUGGUCUGGACCCUGAAGAUGCGGAGAUCCAGCUUAGGCUUCAGGAGAGUAUGGACAGGGCAGAAGCAGCAGCUCAGGCUGACGCGAAUCAUGUGGAAUAUGCAAUCGAGAGCACGACGCCGGCUGGACCCGCACCUACAGUCCCUGCUGCUCCGAACCAGGGCUUCUUCGACUACAUCAACGACGCACUCAACGAACCACCAGCCCCCGACCACGACCACCCCGAGGACGACCCCCUCAUCCCCCCCGAAGACGAAGAAGAAGGGUUCGAGGGUAUCCUCGAAUUCCUCGGUUUCACAGAUGCCUUUGUUAACGUUAUCCAGAAUGUGUUUCUGGCAUUGGUUUUCUCGUCUGCGUUGCUGUGUUUUGGGGUUUUCAUACCGGCUGCGGUGGGGGAUUUGGUUAUUCGGAAUUGGAAGGCUCCGGUGGAUGCGCUUGAGGCGGUGGGGAGGUUGUUGUGGGUACCGGUGAAGGGGUUGUUGGAUCCGUUGACGGCGGUUGAGACGGUGAGGGGGUUGGGGGAGAAUGUGGGUGCGUUUGUGGCGAGGCAUGUGCCGUUUGAGGCUGGGUUUAGGACGAGGGUUGAGGAUACGCUCAUCAAAGGGAUGGCGCACUUUGUCUCAUCAAAGACCGCGGCGACGAAUGCGAAUGGAACGGAACCUGAAGGUUUCAUUGUUGCUGCUGCGCCCGUUACCAUCAGCCUUUCCAGACGUAUCCUUGCGGGGUACGGAGUCGCGUUUGCCAUUGGCUUCGGGUAUCUCAGCCUCCCCUUCCAACGUCUCCUGCGGCGAUUCAUCCCCCGUGGUGGACCCCAGGUGGACAUCAUCGAUCAAAUCAACGCCGUCCUCAUCUCCCUCCGCAAUGUCGUGAAGGUCUUUGUCAUCCUCUCGAUCGAGCUGAUCUUCUUUCCCGUCUAUUCCGGCGUCCUCGUUGAUCUCGCGACUAUCCCCGCCCUCGGUCCUGAGGUCACGUUGACGAGCCGAUGGCAGUUUGCUGUUGCUAACCCAUGGACGAGUGGGUUCUUGCAUUGGUUCUCGGGCACGGUGUACAUGUUCCAGAUCGCCACUUUCCUUUCCAUGACUCGCUCUGUCCUGAGGACGGGCGUGUUGUACUUUAUUCGGGAUCCGAAUGAUACGUCAUUCUCGCCAUUUCAGGAGAUUGCUACGAAGUCGUUUUUGGCGCAGUUGAGGAAGAUUGGGAUUAGUAGUAUCAUCUACUUGAUUUGGAUUUUUGUUUGUCUGGGGAGUGCGUUGACGAUUACGCGCUUUUGCGUUCCGGGUGUGUUGCCGUUGCAUCUCAUGGGUGCCUCGCCGCUCUUUGAGCUCCCUCUCGACAUGAUCGCUUGGUUUAUCUUCGUGCCGGUCGCUAUGCAAUAUGUGGUUUACCCGGCUCCUGUGUUCAAGGGUGUUUGGAAGUGGUGGUACAGACAGUUGGCGUCAUACCUCCGCCUCUCCUCAUUCUUGUUCAACGGCCGCUACCCCGAAGAAGAACGUGAUGGAUCGAAAUUAUUCCUGCGCGUUCCGGUGAAGGAUAACGUUCCCGUAAAGAAGGGAGUUCGGAUGCUCGUACCAGUUACGGAGGACAACCGUCGGUUGGAUUCGACGGAGAAGAACAAGGAGGAUAAGACUAGGACGGAUGAGAGGUAUCAGGUGGUUUAUGCGCCGCCGUAUUUCUGGACGAGGAUAUUCUUUUGGUUUGUUGGGCUUUGGGCGUUCGGUACGGUUCUUGGACUUGGCUUGGGUGCUGCACCACUCAUCCUUGGUCGGGUUAUGUUCGCCAAGAUUCUUCCUGCUGAUGCCCCAGUUCCUAGUGAUAUUUACGCAGUGACGUUGGGCUUGGUACCGUUGGGUUCUCUGGCGUCGGCUGUUGUUGCGUAUCAUGCGAACAAGAAGGACGUCACCAAGGCACUAGCACCCCCAGGUUUCUUCAUGCGGGGCCUGGUACGUGUCGCAAGUUUACUGUUCGUCAUGUUCACCCUCGUUAUCGUCGUGCCAACAGCCUACGCUCUGGUCUACGAAUUGUACUUCGCUGCUCCGCUAAGGUGGUUCUUGGGGGGCAAGACAGAGAUAAACUUUGGCAUGAGCUGGACUACGGCAUUCGUCUUAUACCACACGUUUGUCGCCAUGAAGUAUUUCGUAUGGGAGAACGAGACGCAAUAUGCUAGGGACGUGAGAGCUAUCUUCAGUGAUGGCUGGCUCCAGCCGAAGGUCCGCGACGCUAUGCUGUUGCUCGUCUUGCCAAGCCUUGGCUUGUGUGCGACUCUCGUGAUUUUGCCGUUGCCAAUUGUCAUUCUGGGAGAAAGGACAAUUCUACGCGAAUCCAGCCCCGAAGACAUCACCAAAGCAUAUCGUCUGUGCUACCCUAUCUCCUUCCUGAACUGGAUGCUGAUAAAGGGUGCUUUCUUCCUGAAGGGCAAGUUCGAUGUCUGGCAGCUCAAGGUCAAAGAUGAGAUCUACUCAGUUGGUACGCAGCUUCACAACAUGGAUGCCGAAGAGCGCGAAGCGGCGUCUGCCGCCGAUGCUGCUACAGAUGCCUCUGUGGCACAAUAA